AUGGCUCGUUUUCGAGGGUUUCCAGCUCUUUCUGUCCUGAUCUCGAUAACCCUACUUCUGGCUCGUGCCACGGCGCAGAUUCCUGACCCUUGCGCGGGCUAUGACCACCCUCCUACAGGCACCGGCCUCCUCAAUGGCCGCAACGAUUUCCCUCCUGGCUUCGUCUUUGGCACUGCCACUUCUGCUUAUCAGGAGGAUAUACAAAGAAUGAAGUAUAUGAAUGUGGAUGCUUACAGGCUCUCCAUCUCCUGGUCUCGGGUUAUCCCAUGUAUCGAGCCUUACGUCACAAUAUGGCAUUGGGAUACCCCUCAGGCGCUCGAAGCCGAGUACGGUGGCUUCUUAAGCUCUAACAUUGUGAAGGAUUUUGAAGAUUAUUGUGACCUGUUAUUCGAAGAAUACGGUAAAAAGGUAACGAAAUGGAUAACGCUGAAUGAACCGGUGACUUACGUGAUGAGAGGCUACGACGAAGGGCUGAUGGCACCGGGGCGUUGCUCGGUGUACAUGGAUCCCAUAACCUAUGGUCGCUAUCCGCAGAACAUGGUUGACCUCGUCGGAACUCGUUUGCCCACCUUCAAUGAUGAGGACUCCGCAUCGUUGAGAGGGUCGUACGAUUUUCUGGGGCUUAACUAUUACACAGCGUAUUACUCCAUGAACAAUCCUGCCUUCGACCCUGAACAUCUCGAGUAUCUCAAGGAUUCCCACGCCAUAACUACAGCGACUGGGGCCGAUGGAAAACUCAUUGGACCACAGUUGGGUUCGUCCUGGCAGUACCUGUACCCACAAGGGCUUCAAUAUCUUUUGAACUACACCAAAGAUGAAUACAGAAAUCCUCAUAUUUACAUCACCGAAAAUGGACUUUCUCAAGAGGACGAUCCCACACAAACAAUCGAGGAAGCGACACAAGACGACACCAGGAUACAGUUCUAUGACAGCCACCUCGACAGUGUCCUCCAGUCCAUGACCGGGUACAACGUGAACGUGUCGGGAUUCUUCGCGUGGUCGUUUGCGGACAACUACGAGUGGAACGACGGCUACUCGGUCCGGUUCGGGUUCUAUUACAUCGACUACACCGACGGCCAUCUGACCCGCUACCCGAAGAGCUCGGCCUGCUGGUACACCAACUUCCUCAACAGGAACGCUCCCACGGGCCAGACCCUGAUCCGCCAGAAGGUUCAUAGCAGUAAGCUGCAGGCCCGGCCCACCGCUCACCGCUCUGCUGCAGCACUUGGCGGACGCCGUGCCCUCCCGGCCCGCCGAUUCUCCCGUUGGUGA